AGCAAGUAAGAAAACACUUCUCUCUCUUUUUUGUUCUGAUCUUCAAUACACCAACGAGCGAAUGGGAAGGGCUCCAUGUUGCGACAAGACAAAGGUGAAGAGAGGGCCUUGGUCUCCCGAGGAAGACUCUAAGCUUAGAGGUUACAUUGAGAAGUAUGGUAAUGGUGGAAACUGGAUCUCUUUUCCUCUCAAAGCCGGUUUGAGGAGAUGUGGGAAGAGUUGUAGAUUGAGAUGGUUAAACUAUUUGAGACCAAACAUAAAACAUGGUGACUUCUCUGAGGAAGAAGACAUGAUCAUUUUCAGCCUCUUUGCCGCCAUCGGAAGCAGAUGGUCAAUAAUAGCAGCUCAUCUACCCGGAAGAACAGACAACGACAUCAAAAACUAUUGGAACACAAAGCUAAGGAAGAAACUCAUGUCUUCUUCGUCUUCCUCUCACUCAUCAUCAGCCAUGACUUCUCCUUUUCUAAACCCUAAUUCUCAGGAUGUGAAAAGACCAUCAACCACAAUUUCACCUUCUUCCUACAAUCCGUAUUUUGAAAACCCAACAAAAGCUCUCAUCUCAAACAUCGAUGGCUUUGAAGCUGAUAACCACCAGAUCUUUCCCUUUGUUAACCCUAAUUAUCCUCAAGAUAUCUCUCUAUCAGAGAGCAGCAACAACAACAUUUCGGGCACAAGUGGUUUCUCGCUCAACCACAAUAUGUGUGGUCACUACAGCAACCACAACAAUUUCUCCUCAGACGUUAGUGGAAAUAGAUCAGAGAUUAUAAUGAAGCAAGAAGAGAUCAUGAUGUUGAUGAUGAUAGACAACCACAUUGACCAGAGGACAAAAGGGUACGAUGGGGAUUUCACACAGGGGUAUUACAGUAACUACAUUAAUGGACAUGGGGAUUUGAAGCAAAUGAUUAGUGGAACAGGCACUAAUUCUAACAUAAACAUGGGUGGUUCAGGUUCAGAAUCAGCUUCAUCUUCUAGUUCCAUAAGCAACCUAGCUGAGAACAAAAGCAGUGGUAGCCUUCUACAACACAAGUGUUUGCCCUAUUUCUACUCCUAGUUCUUCUAGACUCUCUUGUCUUCUUAUAUAAAUAUAUCUUGGACUGACUGUUAAUAAAUUCAAAGAUUUGAUGGGGUAUGGGAGGAGAGAGAAUGAGAGAAUGUGUGUGUAAGAGAGAAAGACUAUGAUCAGCUUCUAUGGAAUUUUGUGUUUUCGUUUAUUAUUAUAUUUCCGAUCUUUGUAAGAGAUAUCUAGUUAAAAAGAGACAAUGGGGGAUUUGAUUUGAUGAAACCAAAAAGG